UUGCUUCUUCAUUCACAGUUCACAUUCACACACUUCCUUUGCUUCUUUUCAUAGAUUCAAGAUAUUCAUUUAUAGUUUUAACUAUAUGGCUACCUUUACCAAAUUCUUUGUGAUACUCUCUAUAGUUUCUCUCUUUGCAUGUUGCACCAAUGCACAACUUGUUAAUAACUUCUAUGGCACCACUUGUCCUAGUCUUCAAACUAUUGUUCGUAAUACAAUGAUCAGUGCUAUCAAAACUGAAGCCAGAAUUGGUGCUUCCAUACUUCGUUUGUUCUUCCAUGACUGCUUUGUUAAUGGAUGUGAUGGAUCAAUUUUAUUGGAUGACACUGCCACGUUUACUGGUGAGAAGAAUGCUGGCCCUAACAAAAACUCAGCUAGAGGUUUUGAAGUGAUUGAUACCAUUAAAACCAAUGUUGAAGCUUCUUGUAACGCCACUGUCUCUUGUGCUGAUAUUCUAGCACUUGCAGCUAGAGAUGGGAUAUUUCUGCUUGGAGGACCCACUUGGAUAGUUCCACUUGGAAGAAGAGAUGCAAGAACAGCAAGCCAAAGUGCAGCCAACAGUCAAAUUCCUGGACCAUCAUCUGACCUUGCAACCCUCACUACAAUGUUUAGAAACAAAGGUUUAACAUUAAAUGACCUUACUGUCCUUUCUGGUGCACACACCAUAGGUCAAACUGAGUGUCAGUUUUUCAGAAAUCGCAUAUACAAUGAAACCAACAUUGACACAAACUUUGCUACCUUAAGAAAAGCAAACUGUCCUUCCUCUGGUGGUGACACCAAUUUGGCACCUCUAGAUUCCCUCACUCCAACUACUUUUGACAACAACUACUAUAGUGACCUUAUUGCUAAUAAAGGACUUCUACAUUCUGAUCAAGCUCUUUUCAAUGGUGUUGGUUCUCAAGUUUCUUUGGUUAGGACUUAUAGCAGAAAUACUAUUGCUUUUAAAAGAGACUUUGCUGCUGCUAUGAUAAAGUUGAGUAGAAUCAGUCCUCUCACUGGGACUAAUGGGGAGAUUAGAAAGAAUUGCAGGCUUGUCAAUUAAUUCAUCAUGAAUUGGAGGGUAUAUUAGCAAUUGAAUAAAUGUUUGUUUGGAGAUUUUGGAAAGAUUGAUUUAAUAUAGGGUCGAAGUCAUAAAGGUUGACUGGAUUUUGGAUACAAUGACAGUUGUAGUAAUUGUUGGUGCUUCUUUGAUAAUUUGAAUGUUUGUAAUUCCUAAAUAACAAGAAAGUUGUUAUAUUUAUGUUGUUUCUUUUACUAAGAUUAAUGAUUGGAUCAAUGUAAUUUUAUGUUGGAAUUCAAAUUAUGCAUUGUUUUA